AUGAGAAUGAUUGGCAAACCAGUUGAUACGAUUGUUAUUACAUCUGAUACGUUUGAUCGAGUACCUAAUGAUAGAUGUUUUAUCGUGUUUUUAUCAUUUCUUAUUCAUGGACUCGGAUGUUUUUUACCAUGGAAUUUAUUAUUUCAUAGUUAUGAAUAUUUCGUCUGUUGUAAAUUUCUUGGUGACGAUUCGGAUGUCUAUCGUCAGCAUUUUCUCAGCUUUUGUGCAUUAGCUGCUCUUCUUGCAGCUUUAGUCACCACUGGUAUCGGCCUUUUCAUAGGUUUUCAUGGCGAUACCAAACGACGGGUUAUCCCAUCGAUCGUCGUUCUGAUUAUAAUGUUUAUUCUACAGGUGCUUUUUGCCGUUUUCGAUGCUCGUGAUUCGUCAGGUGUCUUCCUUUGUGUAACAAUUCUGAAUAUUGUCGUUAUCGGAGCUUUUAUCGGACUAUAUUUAUCCAGUAUUGUUGGUAUUGUAUCAUAUUUUCCUGAUCGAUAUGUAAAUGCCCUUGUCAUCGGCUCGUCCUUGGGAAUCUUAAUCGCGAUUUUUGGAAAAGUGUUCUUUGAAUAUUAUUCCAACGAUUCAAGAAUUCUUGCUAUUUAUUUUCUUGUAUCAGCUGUUAUUAUUCUUUUCAUUUGCUUUGACGUCUAUUUCGCUUUUCCUUAUUCACGUUUGUUUCGAUUUUAUCAUACAUCGAUCAAAAUUGAUCUUCUUCAUACGACGAAAGGACGUGUUUUUCAAGUUCCGUAUGGAGGUGUGAUGAAACAAAUCUGGCUUCAAUGUUUCUCGAUAUUUAUACAUUAUUUUACAACAUUAACUCUUUUUCCAACUAUUCUUAGUCAAGUGCAAAGUGCAACAGCGAAUUUUUCUCCACCAAUCCGAAAUCUUGAUUUUUCCGAUGCAAUUGUUCUUAUCAAUUUCGGUCUCUUCAAUCUUCUCGGAAAUUGUCUUGCUGGUUGCAUAAAAAAACCAUAUUCGCGCUGGAUCUCUCUAUUUGUGUUUCUUCGUGCGAUCAUAUCAUUUUCAACAUUUCUUUUUGUUAAUUUCGAACCCUACACUCGACAUAACAUCCCCGUCGCCAUCCAAAAUGAUUAUACUUUUAUGGGAUUAGUCAUGGGCUUCGCAUUUACGCACGGAUACUUCAAUUCAAUCUUACACAUGUUAACAACAAAGUCAGUCGAACCAUAUCUAUCAGCAACAACCGCGGUUAUCCUACAAUUGUUCAUUCUUAUUGGUAGUUUUUGUGGAAUUAUCGGCUCGUUUGUGUAUUAUUUCAUAGCAACAACGCUUUAA